UCACAUCGAUAGAAUAUUGCAGCGUAACGCUCACUCGUCGAUUCACGUGGCACGAACGACUAACUUUAAUGACAAGUUUCAGCGCUCGUGUAGGUCUCGUAAUCAUAGACCACACUUACAAACAAACAUCUAACGAAGUAACCGUGUGUCGUACGAGGGGACGACUACUACUCUGAAAUUCUUCCAAAGCGAAGCUGCGAUGCGCUCGGCGGACACAAAAGAUAAGCAAACGUAUUUACGAGUUCUUUCAACAGAUCCGAUUUACGGAGGUAGGGGGAAUGAGACGAGAGUGGGAGAAACGAGGCAACCGGGAUGACGGGAAUCACUUUUACCAUGUUUAUCUCUAGAGACGAGUUGCAGUCAUCGUGAGUUCGCGCUACCGUACAGCCGAUAGUUCAGGGAAAGGAAUACAUAUUCGUACGCUUCCCGAUCGAUUCUAUCCCAAAUUGGAAAUACGCGGAUGAACACGGGUGUAUUUCGUUCGUAGAAAAGAACGGCGCCUCUAAUUACCUCGUAGAGGAUCGAGUAAGUUUUGAUCAAAGAGGCGACCAAAGUGACGAGUCACGAGAAGAGGUGGACGUCAUGGCAACCGGAAAGAGACUGUUCACUCGCGCCGAAGUUAAAAACAACGCGGACCCCAAAAGUGUAUGGUUCAUAGUCCACAACAAGGUGUACGACGUCACGGAAUUCCUGAACGAACAUCCCGGCGGCGAAGAAAUAUUGGCUCAACAACGCGGUACGGACGCGAGCGAAUUUUACGACGACGUCGGUCAUUCCGACGAAGCGAUCGAAUUGAAGGAGAAAUACUUGAUCGGAGAAAUAGUGGAGAGCGAGAGGAGCAAGACUCAACCGAAAAAAUUCGAAUGGAGCGCACCGCAGGACAAGAAGAGUCAAGAAACAAACUCCAACGGCUUAUCGUACGGACUGAUUGCGGCAGCUCUGAUUAUUGUAUUACUGGCGUAUAAUUUCGGAUUGAUUCUGUAACAAUAGCCCACCGCAGACGCUUACGGACGACGAGUGACGAUGUGAAUUAUAUCUGCACGUACGGGUCAACCGUCAAUUCCUCAAUAAAUAUAAGACGAUACACCUACUCCGACAUCGUACGUCUUCGGGUGUUGCCAAGCAAUCCGCGGAGACGACGUCUUCGAAAAGGAUUUGCAAUACCAUGUAGACACAUCGAACGCCAAACUAUGAUACGCACGUUGUACGCGAAAAAUUUAUUACACUGGAAUAUGAGAUGUGAUUCGAAAUAUCGCAGGAGUUGCUUACGAAACUCCUAAUAUUGUUAGAAUGUAAAAUAUGAACACGAAUGGAGGAAUAUCCUCGUUUCAAUUCUCGUUGAUAAAAAAUUCAUUUUCGUUCUA